UCCAUCUAUCGGGCUACUGCACACCUACUGCCUACAGCAGCAACACGUACCAGAGGAGCUGAGCAUCAGCUAUCUGAAGCAACUCAACUGCAAGGUCGAAGAUGGCACGACAACAUGCUGCCUCUGUGCUUGCCGCGGCGUUGGUCGUCGGGAUACUCGCAUCCAUCCCAGCUGAGGUGCGAUCCAUCGGCGUGUGCUACGGCGUUGUAGGCGACCCCAUGCCGUCGGCGAGUGAUGUGGUGAAGCUCUAUGUAUCCAGGGGCAUCACCGGCAUGCGCAUCUAUAAGGCCAACGCUAAGACGCUCGCGGCCCUCGUCGGAACCGGCAUCGACCUCAUCGUGGACGUACCCAACGACCAGCUCGCCGAGAUGGCCUCAAGCCCCGACGCCGCGUCCAAAUGGGUCCAAGACAACGUCGUGGCCUACCCGGGCGUGAGCAUCAGGUACAUCGCCGUCGGCAACGAGGUGGAAGGCAACGAUCCGCGGGCGCAAAACAUCCUCCCAGCCAUGCAGAACAUGAACGCCGCCUUGUCCAUGGCCGGCUUCGAGCAAAUCAAGGUGUCCACGGCGGUGCAGUCGGGUGUGACAACGGGGUACCCUCCCUCCCACGGUAUCUUCUCUACCAAAAGCGCCCACAUGCCGCCCAUCGCGCUGUACCUUGCCAAGACGGGUGCGCCGCUGCUCGCCAACGUGUACCCCUACUUCGCCUACACGGGCAAUCCCACAGAUAUUACCAUCGACUACGCCCUCUUCACCUCGUCGGGCACGGUGGUGCAGGAUGACAACGGUCUCGCCUACCAGAACCUGUUCGAUGCGCUCGUUGACACGUUCUACGCGGCGCUCCAGAGCGCCGGGGCAGCGGAUGUGGGCAUUGUGGUGUCCGAGAGCGGGUGGCCGUCGGCUGGCGCAACGGCUGCGACUGUUAGUAACGCGCAGGCGUACAACCAGGCUCUGAUCGACCACGUCUCCCAUGGCACGCCCAAGGUGCCGCAGCCGCUGGAGACGUACAUAUUCGCUAUGUUUAACGAGAACGAGAAGGGAGGUGCUGAGACGGAGAAGCACUUUGGGCUGUUCAACCCGGACAUGUCGUCGGCGUACGAUAUCAACUUCUAAACCAGCCGGACGGGUCGAUACGUAAGUAACAUUUACCUUAAGGUACAUAUAUAUGUAUACUUCCUCCAUCUAUAAAAAGAUAUCUUAACUUUGUCAAAAGAUGCAUAUAUCUAGACAUGAUUUAAUGUAUAGAUACAUGUAAAUUUGGACAAUAUUAAAAUAUCUUUUUCGUGAAACAGAGGAAGUAUAUAAUUUCGGGAUUUGAAUAAGGCGCCUGUAGGAAUGCGAAUGCGCCGAUUAAACGUUCCUGUGUAUUUCUCCAAGUUUGUAUCUCUGUACAUGAUGUUGUGGUGUGUGGUUGGCUUACAUGUUGUGGUGUAUGUGUAUACACCAGUAGUCUUUCGUUGAGUCUGUACGUGUGUGUCACAGUGGUUUUGUAUCCGUGAGAUCGGUUUGAGAAGAAAUAAAGAAAUGAAGUCAGUUGUGUCUUUUGCCAA